UCUGGGUUUCGCGUACGUGAGAGGAUGUGCGGCGGCGAGGCCGGACGCUGGUAACAUUUUGUACUCGGCAUGCUCUGCAAUGGAGCGUCUGAGUAAAACUAAUUACCACAUAUUGAGUAACUGACAUGGGUGAAGGCACCUGUGUUUCAGGAAAAGCCUGGCAGCUAAAGUAAAAGGUGGGCAGGAUGGGGGAGCGGACCGUUGGCGGCCCAGUGGCUGCGAUCUCUCCAGUGCAGCAGAUGCUGGCCUCUGGCACUGGAGCCCUCCUCACAUCUCUAUUUGUCACUCCGCUGGACGUUGUGAAGAUAAGGCUGCAGGCUCAGCAGACUCCCUUCCACCAGGCUUUGGGCCGUGAAUCCGCUCCAUGGGGUGGAGUCGGCCGCUCAUCCAAAUGGAAAUGUUUUCUGUACUGCAACGGCCUGAUGGAUCACAUCUACGUCUGCCAGAACGGAACCAGCUGCUCCAGCUGGUACCGAACGCCGACGCAUUUCAGUGGCACUCUGGAUGCUUUUGUGAAAAUCACCCGCCAUGAGGGACUCCGCUCUCUGUGGAGUGGGCUGCCACCGACGCUCGUGAUGGCCGUCCCAGCCACAGUGAUCUACUUCACCUGCUACGACCAGCUGAGGGACUUCCUGUGGUUCGGUUUGGGCCUCCAGGGCAGCCACGUCCCUCUUCUGGCCGGAGGGCUCGCCAGAUUGGGCGCCGUCACGGUCAUCAGCCCUCUGGAGCUGGUCAGGACCAAAAUGCAAUCCAGGAAGCUGAGCUACAGCGAGCUGCGCGUGUGCAUCCGCUCGGCGGUGGCCCAGAGCGGCAUGCUGUCGCUGUGGAGGGGGUGGGGGCCCACCGUCCUCAGAGACGUGCCUUUUUCUGCUUUGUACUGGUUUAACUACGAACUGGUGAAGGCCCAGCUGUGUGAGCAGUACGCAUCGCCGAAGGCCAACUUCUCCAUCAGCUUCACUGCCGGAGCCGUUUCUGGAGCCGUCGCUGCUGUCCUGACGCUGCCGUUCGACGUGGUGAAGACUCGGCGGCAGAUCCAGCUGGGAGAGAUGGACUCUCUGGGAGUUUCCAGAAAGGGAACCGCUUCCACUUGGCACAUCAUGAAGGAGAUCUGGUCUGAGCUGGGCUACAGAGGCCUCUUUGCAGGUUUUCUGCCCAGAGUGAUCAAAGUGGCGCCAGCCUGCGCUGUCAUGAUCAGCAGCUAUGAGUUUGGGAAGGCGUUCUUCCAGAAGGUGAACCUGGACCGACAGCGCCUGGCGCCAUGAACUCCACCAGCAGGGGGCGCUGGUUGGCCUGGAAAUAAGAGACGCACCUCCAUCCUUCCUGCAUGCCUGAUAAAACUUGCUAAAGGGUUGAGGAGAAGUUUGCGUGCUCACGUUUAGACAUUUGGACUCACCUGUGAACCUGAACCCGCUCACCCGCUGUGCAUGGCAGUGGCGCAAACUCAAAGACUGCAACUUGAUCCGUACUGUAGCAUGAGGUCCAGAUAAAAUGCUUUACCACGUUUUCUGUUGUCCUGUUGCAGUAAAACAUGACAAUUUUAGCAACUAUCUGCUGUGUAGAUAACUUUAAGAACAUUUUUGAAUGCGGAUUGAGUUACAUUUCAUAUGCAACGAGAGACCUGAGGGUAGAAAUUGAAACUCAUUGAGAUCUUUCAGGAGAUUCUCAGAACCUGGUGAGUGAAAACUUUAGACACUGGACCAGAAAAUG